GUUUGCCGCCAAUUUUUUUGUUUAUCUCCGAACUUUAACAAAAAAUACGGUGAAUCAUUUUUGCUGCUUUCUAUUGUCUUAACCUCAAGGUACAUGAGUGCGAUUUAGAUUUUUGUAUUCAUAACUACCUUAAGAAGGUGUCAUGAGCUCAGCGGCCGAGGUCACGCACCGCACUGCGUUCUCACGGCAGCCGUGCCGCUGCAUCAUCGUAGACUGCGCGCCGCCCUUCGGCACCGACUCUUGCGAGCUGCUGUGCCACUCACUGGACAGCCUCUUUUCUGUCGCGUGCCACCUUGGUGGGCCUUGCCGCAUCCCCCUCUUCAGCCUCUACAUCGUGCACGAUACGUUUGAGUGCCUGCUUCCCUUCGUGCAGGUGAAGGGCGGCCACGCACGCAUACAAGAGUGCCUGCGUGAGUUGCGAUCACUGGCAAGGGUGGCGCCUGUGGAUCGCCGUGUGGACGGUCUCCAAGGUGCCCUGCAAGAUGCACUGGCUAACUUCCAACACCACCUGCUUCAGCUGCGACAGAACGGCAGCCUGAAGAGGUUUAUGCUUGAGGUGACCGUGGUGACGUGGUCGGACAGAGCGAACAUCAUAAGAUUGCUUCACAGCUUCCUGCCCAGUGCAGAGCUCGACUACCUCAAGAGGGUGCAGGUGGUUUGCGUGGACCUGGUACACACGGACCUGGGGGAGCAGGGCUUGGCGCUGAGAGAAGACACCAGCAAAGACAGCCUCAGCAGCCCGGAGAUGAUCCCCUCGCCAUCAGCAUUCAAUGCCACCAAUGACGGUUCUCUGUCAAGCUUAAUUGACGUACAAACUCUGGAGGGCAGCACUGUCAUCCUGGAGGGCUUCUUCAGGAGCUGGCUACAUGAUUGCGAGACCGACUGGGAGCAUCUGCAUCUCAUCUUCCCAUCUGCUCUCAGCGGCGGUGGCAUGGGCCAGAAACGCAUCAUACUGAAGUGUGAUAUUCAGGAGACCAUUCUGAACCCACCUCUACUGCCGGGUACCACCAACUUCAUGCUGAACAUCGAGGGCUCAGCUUUGAAACGCAUCCCUCCCAUGACUGGAAAAUCGUCUAGUGCUGCCUUGGUGCCCAUUCACCACCUCAAGGCUGUCAGCACGGUGAGUGAAGAAGGCGUGUGCGAAUCAGUCCUAUUCGGCCUGCCCCUGAUACUCAAGCCCACCAACUGCUGGAAGCUUGACUGGGAGGAGCUGGAGGCAAACAGGCGGUACUUCCACGCCCUUUCUCACUCGCUGAAGGUGCGGGGUCAGCAGCUUCUUGCGUCAUGUGAAAGUGACAGUUCGGGCCCCCUGCGCAUGGGCCCAGUCCGGGCCUACUACCUCCUGCUACCCUCAGGGGGCUUGAGCCUGCUGAUAAAGUCCAUUGCGGUGGCCGAGCUGCUGCUACCGUGUAACCAGCCCCUUCUGCACGAGACUCCGGAACCAGGAGCCCUGCUCGACAUAGAGACCGCCCUAUCUGGCAUGGAGGUGCUGCACACAUACAACCCCCUAAACGUGCACAGUGGCCUAAGCCGCCACCACAUGCGGCCAUUGGCCCAAGGCAGCGGUGGCAGCAGGGCCACAUACGGCACGCGGGCAAAGCCCACGGGGCGCAAGCCAAUGACACUCACGGCCACCGUGUCGCCCCUGCAGAAGCCCCUUCCGAGGCUGCAGUUCUCCACAUCCUCUACAGCAGCAGCGGCCAGGUCGGCACCGCCACCAUCGAAGCGAUUGCGACCGACACUGACGGAUUCCACGUUGCGUGAUGGUGGUACUGGAGGUUCAUGGCAUUAUGACAUCGAGGAGGAAGAUGUUUUUAUGUAAAGCUUGGUCCACAGGUAGAGAAUCUUAUAGUGGUGCUGAUUGUGGUUUGGAGCAAAUUCACAAUGAUCAUCUAUCUUCUUGGUUCCGUCAAUAAAGUCACGUAGAAUGGAAAUAAUAAAAAGACAGACCUGUUCUAUACCUGAGGACGGCUGCUUGCGUUGUGGCCGAAACGUCGUGAGAAUUAUUUUAUUAUGUUUUAUUUUCAUUAUUUUAUUAUUUCCAUUCUACGUGACUUUACCGAAAGAACCAAGAAGAUGAAUCCCUGCAGUCACAAAAGCUUUAAAUCGAAAAAUGAUCAUCUACCAAAGCAUCUUAAAGUCAAUCUACAUGCAAAAUACUUUUUUCAGUGGUAACAGAAAGUCAGCACGAUUGGAGACAAUUUAAAGCGAAAAACUUACUGCGUUUGCCACCUUCAGCUUCAGGCAAAACUGGUUAGCGAUAUAUAGAGCUACGUGACAUCACGUGCUGUGGGAGCUCUUCCUGCGAUAUCACAUCCUAUCGGAGAAGCGCAUACCCCGUGGUUAGGUAUUGAGCUAAACAUGGUACCAUAGGCGUCUGGACAAUCAACAAAACCAUGAUUUUAUGCUGGAUUUGAAGCUUUCGUGACUGCAAGGAUUCAUAUUCUUAGGUUUUUUUCGGUAAAGUCACGUAGGUAAAAAAUUUAAAUUAAUAAAAGUAAAAUAAAAAUAAAAUAAAAAUCACGACGUUUCGGAGGCAACACAAGCUUCCGUCUUCAGGUGGAACCGUCACAGCACGAUAGCUAUCGAAAAAACCUAAGAACAUGAUUUUAUGGUAUUGUCGUCACCUGAAAUAUUAAUACUUGAUGCAACACAUGAUAGAACAACAAUACCACAUCAAUAAUCAUUUUUCUGUCUCUGUAAAAAUCACAAUACGUGGACCAGGCUAAAUGGGAAUGGUGACUUCACCAAAAGGCAUUGCUGACUUCAUUGCUUUGUGUGCCCAAUAUGGGAAAGCGACUCAGUUAACCAUUUGAGUGGAAAGAUAUAAGUACAACAACAACAAAAAAUGAAUUGAGCUUCAGAGUUGAUUAACAUGUCUCCAUGUUCAAAUGAAAAAUUAGGGUA